AUGACACUGUCAAAUACUUCCAUUCUGGCAAGAUUUGUCCUGGACCCCUUGGGAACUCUGCGGGCACUAAUAUGGCUUCAUGAAAGUAAAGAGUUGUCUACAAUUUUCUUAAUUCCAGCAGACCAGUGCGAUAUAUUUUCACGUUGCAGUCCAUCUGCAACAUGUAACUCCAGAGAUAUGGUGAUAUGCUCCUGCUUGCCAGGAUUUGAGCCAGAGAACCCUCGAUAUUUGUUAAGUAAAUGUGUGGAGAAUAGAAAAAGCUAUACUUGUGGGAAGGGCAAAGGUGAGGGUUUUAGAACAUUACUAAAACUGAAGCUUCCCGAUGCCAAGAACGCUAAAUUGCUCUCAAAUUUGAGUCUACGAGAGUGCGAAACGGAGUGCUUGAAGAGCUGCAGCUGCACUGGUUUUACCAGUGCUGGUGAGAUACCUAAAAUUUUUAAUUUUGCAGAAGCCGGUGCUAGGAAUUUCUCACAAGGUUUAAGUGAAAAGAAAAGGUUGCUUCUAUUUAUCAUUCGUCUGUUGCUCUUGGAGUAUUGCUUUUGGUUUCCGGCUACUACUGGAGACAGAAUGUGA